AUGAGGUCCGUUGGGUUCCUUCAACUGGUCCUCCCCUCGAUGCUCUGGGGUCUUCUAUUCCUGCCUGCUUCUCAGUCCGCGAUUACCGAAGAGGGUAUCUUUCUCUCUCUCUCUCUCUCUCUCUCUCUCUCUCUCUCUCUCCCCUCCAAAUCGGUUAACUCUUGCAUCCCAUCCUCUGUGUAGAAUGAUUUGAACGGCUGACAUUCUGGGAUUUGGGCUUCCUGGACCUCAGUUGUUGAUUUUAGCUUACCAGGGUUUCGGGGUUGCUCCUGUUCUCUCUUCUGUUCUAUCUUCUCUCCUGUUCUGGAUUUGAUCCCAACGACUUUGCUACAAGAACUUUUUCAAUUGGGGGCACGAUACUCUUGCAGUUUUCGCCCUCAAGGAGAUCAAGAAGGCCAUCUUUGAAGACCCACUUUCUCGUCUUUCUGAUUGGAAUGUCGAUGACGACGAUCCCUGUGGCUGGUCCGGCGUCUCCUGCUCUGCCGCCCGAGAUCAUGUUGUGACCCUGUAAGUGCUCGUCUCUCAACUUAUUUCGUUUCCUCUUUGAUUCUGUCCAACUGAGAUCCACGUUGUAUCUGUGCAAUGUCAACGAAUAACCAUAGUCCGCAUACGUGCCGAUAAGUUGUGCAAGUUUCGUACAUCGCCUUCAUGAUUCGGCGAUUUUUCUCCCCAUACUUUAUUGUACUCUUCUAUAGUAGUGCAUCCUUCCGUAAGAAUCACGAUGAAUGGUGCAAACAUGUUUGUUUUGAGGUGCCGCUUACAUAUAUAUUCGGUGGAUUUGGUUUUGCAGGGACCUUUCUCAUUCAUUCUUGGAAGGGUUCCUUGCUCCGGAACUCGGCUCGCUGAAGUUCCUGCAAGAACUGUAUGCCUCCUAUUAGCGUUGUCUCAUCUAACUCUUUUGGUGACCUCACUACAGCUUUUCACCAGAAGUGGUUCAUCUGCUUGGCUCUGACGGUGCCUAUUGUUUCAGAGUUCUAAGAGGCAAUUCAAUUCGAGGGGUGAUUCCUAGUCAAAUUGGCAUGCUGAAAAACCUCAGAGUGUUGGAUCUGAGCAUGAAUCGGCUCUCUGGCCCUAUCCCUCCAGAAAUUGGAAGCUUGGAUAGAAUCACAAAAAUGUAGCUGGCCAACUAUUUUCGUUCAUGUCUGAUUGGCUUUCUUUUUUCUGGCCUUGUCUAAGACUUUCUUCUUUUCAGCUACUUUAAUUCUAAUGGAUUGACGGGCGGUGUGCCAUCCCAGCUUGGGAAUUUGUUGAACCUUGUGGAACUUCGAUUAGACAGAAACAAGCUUCAAGGAUCCAUUCCCGGGAGUAACCAUUCAAAUUCCCCUUCCAACGUGCACGACAUGUAAGUGAAAUUUUGCGCUGCAGAGCCUCAAAACACUGGCACUACAUUCCUUGUUGAGAUUUCACGGACUUACAGUUGGAUGUUUGAUACAUAAAAAGAAGAAGAAAGUGCUAUGUAGUAUAGUUUCCAAUUACUAGUUUCCUCUGCUGAUAUGAGAUAUUUUGUUUCUCGAUAUGAAGCUGUUCAUUUUUUUUCUGGUGUGGAUUUCGAGAGGAUGGGAAAUUCAAGCAUUUAAGCUGUGAGACUGCGAACAGUGGGAAACAGUUUGUCAUGAUUGGGCCGUGGCUUAUCUAGGUUCUUCAGUUCAGCUUUACCUGGGAUUGUGCGCACUUGCGAACUUGUCUGAACUUUGUUACCCAUAUCAUUUUGGUGGAUAGCUAUGGGAUUUAGGAGCUCAGCUUUAUGUAACGAAUCUUGCUAGCUUUGCCUCCUUUGAAAAUUUCUCCAUGUUCUUGAUGAUUCAAGGUUUCCUAAUCUGCUGUGUUUUCUAUUUUCCCUAUUUAAUCAUUGUAGAUUCUAUAGAUAUAUUUUAUAGUUUGUUGAAAUCAGAGUGUGCACCCGAAUCAGAAGCCUGGAGUCCAUCACUUGAAUGCUUUGCUUGUAUUCUCAGGGGUCUAAAAACUUUCUGACUGUGUUGGCGUGUGGGGGAAUUCAAAAUUGGACCAAAUGUAUGCAUUAGUCAACCCCCAAGGGAAAAAAAAUGUCUAUAUAAGACUUUAUCCAUUGCAUGGGAAAUACUAUUUUGGUCAUGGAAAACCUUGGCUUACUUGGGCCCUUUAGAUACCUCGGUAGUGUCACUUAUGUGAGAAGUUUGUUCCUCCUGGCGUCCUCUCGGCCAUCUGACUACUUUAUGUUUGGCACCAGCAACAGUGGCACUGGCGUUUGCCUCUCACGGCAGCUAAGGGUAGCGGAUUUCUCAUACAACUUUCUUGUUGGAAAAGUGCCUCCAUGCCUCAACUACAUUCCAAGGUGUGAAUGAGUAGGCAUGAAUGCCAUUUAGUGAUUAUUUUUCCUUUCCAUGCGUCCCCAUCACCUUUGGAGUGCUUCUUAGACACUCUUUUGUUCUCAAUAUAGAACAAGCUUCCGAGGCAACUGCUUGCAAGAUGAAUCCGUCGCACAGCGUUCAGCUCAGCAAUGUGGUAUGUCUGAUUGGACAUUGGCAUUUGUUUUGAUCUGUCAAGAUUAGAGAAGAAGUGACUUUCCCUUUUCAUAAAUAUGCUGUUAACUUUCAAUUUGUUUUGACGUUCCCAGUAUCAGAACUCGGUGAUUAACGUUUCCUUUGACUCUAAGAACCAAUAGAUAAAUAAACUGGUUGCGGCUGGACAGCAUUUUUGGAGAGUUCCUCUGGAUAACAGAUCGAUUUGCAAAGAAUGACAUGAAGAAUUCUUCUUUUUCAGGAAUUAUAAUUUACCAGAAUGUUUCGACUUUAAAUCUAUUGUGGAUCGAUGUGGACUUGCUUUCACGCUCGAUCGUAUCUGAUGAAUUUAGUUCGCUUAAUGGCUUACCAUUCCCACUCUAGCCUUGUGACUUAUAGCAUUUUCAUGUUACUUCAUAUUUUUAUGUCUAUUUUUUUACUUUUAGUUGUAUGUAUUGUUUUGAUUCUUUGAGAGUCUCAUGCAGACUUAUAUUUUAUGAAAUCUGUCCUUGUAAAUUCAACAAAUUAUGUCGUUUAAGUGGGUAUUCUUUUCUAGAGUUAAACUGGAAACAAUGUGGUUGGUCGAUGAAGGAAAUAAUCACAUCUUGUGUUGAAGGAUGCUCUGGCGAUUAACAUGUGGUACAUGCCUGUAAAAUAUUGGAAUUCUAUCCAAACUGGCCAGAUCUGGUUCAGUUCUGUAUGUAAAUCAUAACACUAAAUGACAAUGCUAGAAGUAAAUAUUGGUUGAUAAGAAGGAUGCAAACCAAGAUACAACACGAUUUGUGGCUCAUGGCAACAGUUGAAUGGGGUGCAGUAAUUUUCCUUGAUUACAGAAGGGUUACAUUUGUUUGGCAAGUCAGAUCUUGGAUUGCCCCAAUUCUGGACGAGAUUUGAAGGACAAGUUUUUUGUGCUUUUUAUUUUAUUUUAUAUAUAGUUCAUUGAGGAUGAAGGGAAAAGUCUAAGCGGCACUCAUUCAUAA